UUCAAAAUACCCUAUUUCUAACUGUUCAAAGAUAAAUUUUUAAAAUUAGACACUUUUGGAUUUGUUGGUUAGCACUAAUUGGUAUGUUUUAAGAGUAAAUACUAUUUACUGGAAUUUAUACAAAUUAAGACAAAGUGAGAGGAUGUUUUCAGGAAAGGACAUAUAAUGCAAUUUCAAAACUUCUGGAAAAUAUAGAAAAAUACCUGUUUUAUGGCAAACUAAAUUUUCCCUGAUAUUUUUCUUUAAAAGUACUUAAGGUAACAAGAUAAAUACUUUGCUUUAAAAAUCUUUAGCUUUGUAUUGAUAUAGAAAUAACUUUUUAAUGCUCAAGUUCCCAGUUUUCUAGGAUAAAAAACCCAUUCCUUUUUAACAGCUUUCUUUUACUCCUUAAAAGUAAAUCCAGUUCAGUUGAUUAGUUGAUGCUAGAAUUUGACCUGAAGCUUAUAUAAUUAGAAGAGACACUAGUUUUCCUCAUUUAAAAGCCUAGUUAGCAUAUGACAAUCUCGUUUCCGGGGAAGUCAAACCUCUCCUGCUUUUUUUUUUUUUAUAUAACCUUUAAAUUAAUCUAGAAUCCAGAUAAGCCUUGAUCUGAGGAUGAUAUAACCACAGCAAGCAACAUGGGAACCUCUAGAAAAAUCAGAAAGACUUCAUAAAACAUGAUGUGAUGUCUACCGGUGGAGACAGGCCACAAGGUCCAGAGAAGAAGGGGUGGCCUGAUCCAGGGACAAUGAAGAUGUAAUGUUGAAGAAUCAGCUGGAGGAAAGAAGCAACAGGCACCAUGGAAAAGACCAAAACAAAGCAAGGAGAGAAUGAACAUAUGCCGAUGAAUAACCCUUCCACACAGAUUUACCAGGCUUCGAAGUACAAGUCUUCCCUGAACCUGCCUCCGGUGGGAGCCCGCCUCCAGCGGCAGGACGGAGGGAUCAUAACCUCUCUAGAGCAGCUUCACGAAAAAAUCAACGAGAUGAGGAACGUGUUCAACUCGCUGGAGAACAAGUUGCAGGCCUUGGCCUCUGAACUCAAAACUGGAUUCACGGAAGCAAUGCAAGAACUGUCAAGAAUUCAACAUGGAGAAUAUGCUUUGGAAGAGAAGGUUAAGAGCUGCCGAUGUUCCAUGGAAGAAAAAGUUACUGAGAUGAAGAAUUCGUUGAACUAUUUCAAGGAAGAGCUGAGCAAUGCCAUGUCAAUGAUUCAAGCCAUCACUUCCAAGCAAGAAGAAAUGCAACAGAAAAUUGAACAACUUCAGCAGGAAAAGAGAAGGGAAUCUCGAAAAGUUAAAGCCAAGAAAACUCAGAAAGAAGAACAUGGCUCGCAGGCUGGGCCUGCUCAGGCACAAGGAAGUCCUUUCCGUUCGAUCAAUAUCCCUGAGCCUGUUCUUCCAAGUGAAGACUUUACAAAUCUUUUGCCUUCUCAGGCCUAUGAAAAAGCCCAAGAGUCCAGAUCCAUGCAUGUCGCAGACAGUAAUGUGAAGGGGAUGAUGGGUCCUGGGAUGAACCCAACAACUCCAGAAGCAGAAGAAAACCUGAAGUCUUGCCUCUCGGCUGAUAUCCAGCCCAAGAGCCAUCUCUCAUCUGGUGUGUGGAGGCAGCCAAAGGAUGGCAAAGAAUGGGGCGAGGAAUAUGUCACGAAAGACCACCCAGAUAAACUCAAGGAUGCUGGCCAGGGCAGACACAGCUCCUUGGAAAAUGUUUUAUGUGAAACCUCUUUAGCUGCUAAAAGACAGACUGUGGCUCUGGAACUGCUUGAGUCAGAGAGAAAAUAUGUCAUUAACAUCUCUCUGAUCCUGAAGAUCAAGGCAACAUUCCAAGGGUCAGAUGGAAAGAGGAAUUCCAAAGAGAGAAGCCUCUUCCCUGGCUCUUUACGGUACCUUGUCCAGCAGCACCUUGAUUUGCUUCAUGCUCUGCAGGAAAGGGUCCUGAAGUGGCCACGCCAAGGAGUUCUUGGAGAUUUAUUCCUUAAGUUGACAAAUGAUGAGAACAAUUUCUUGGAUUAUUACGUUGCCUACCUAAGGGACCUGCCUGAAUGCAUCUCUUUGGUUCAUGUUGUUGUUCUGAAGGAGGGUGAUGAAGAGAUUAAAUCUGACAUCUACACACUGUUUUUUCACAUAGUUCAGCGCAUCCCUGAGUAUCUGAUACAUCUGCAGAAUGUCCUGAAGUUCACAGAGCAGGAACACCCUGACUAUUACCUACUUCUGGUGUGUGUUCAGCGCCUCCGAGUAUUUAUCUCGCAUUACACCUUGCUGUUUCAAUGCAAUGAGGAUUUGCUUAUUCAGAAACGGAAAAAGCUCAAGAAGUCAUCCAUGGCAAAGCUGUACAAAGGGCUGGCUUCCCAGUGUGCAAAUACUGGACAAGAUGCUUCCCCUACUACUGGCCCUGAGGCUGUCCGUGACAGUGGGAUCCACUCAGAAGAGAUACUGCAACCCUACCCUUCUGCUCCCAGUUCUGGCCCUGCUGUCACACAUUUGAUGCCCCCAGUGAAGAAGAGCCAACAACAGCAAAGCCUGAUGGAGAGCAUGCAGCCUGGGAAGCCCAGUGAGUGGGAGAUGGAGAGCAGAAAGCACGAGAGGCCCGAGAGCCUCCUGGCGCCGGCGCAGUUCUGUGCGGCCGAGCAGGACGUGAAGGCGCUCGCCGGGCCCCUGCAGGCCAUCCCCGAGAUGGACUUCGAGCCCUCGCCCGCCGAGCCGCUGGGCAACGUGGAGCGGUCCCUGCGCGCCCCGGCCGAGCUCCUGCCCGACGCCCGCGGCUUCGUGCCCGCGGGCUAUGAGGAGUUCGAGUACGGCGGCGAGAUCUUCGCGCUGCCCGCGCCCUACGACGAGGAGCCGUUCCAGGCCCCGGCCCUCUUCGAGAACUGCUCGCCCGCCUCUUCCGAGUCCAGCCUGGACAUCUGCUUCCUGCGGCCCGUCAGCUUCGCCAUGGAGGCCGAGCGGCCCGAGCACCCGCUGCAGCCGCUGCCCAAGAGCGCCACGUCUCCCGCGGGCAGCAGCAGCGCCUACAAGCUGGAGGCGGCGGCGCAGGCGCACGGCAAGGCCAAGCCGCUGAGCCGCUCGCUCAAGGAGUUCCCGCGCGCGCCGCCCCCCGAGGGCGUGGCCCCGCGCCUCUACAGCACGCGCAGCAGCAGCGGCGGCCGCGCGCCGCUCAAGGCCGAGCGCGCCGCGCAGCCGCACGGCCAGGCCGCCGCCGCAGCCGCCGCCGCCGCCCGCGGCGCGCCCAGGACCUUCUUCCCCCAACAGAGGUCCCAAAGCGAAAAGCAGACCUAUUUGGAAGUAAGGAGGGAGAUGCAUUUAGAAGACACCACCAGAUUCUGUCCGAAGGAAGAAAGAGAAAGCGAACAAACAUCUUUCAGCGAUCAAAACCCCAGGCAAGACCAGAAAGGGGGCUUUCGCAGCUCCUUCCGCAAGCUCUUUAAAAAGAAGUCCAGUGGAUCAGAAUACAGGGAAAAAACUAAUGAGAAUCCCUCAAUGGAUCCUUCACCCACCAAACAAGAUUUCUUCAGAAACCGACUUGCUCUUGCAAAUGACCUUGACCAAGGAACAGCUGUGUAAAACAUAUUUAAAGUUGUAUUGUCAAGUGGUAAGAUGAGGAUAAAAAGCCUGUAUAUAUCUGUGUAGGAAUAUAUAUACUUAUAUAUAUUGAUGUAUAAAUCCCUGAGGAAAACUAGUAUAAAUACUUACAUAGGAAACCAAAUCAACAUACAAGACCCUGAAGAGCUGAAGAUUAGUCUAUGGGUGAGAGCUGGCUUUUUGAACCUCAGCACUUGGGAAAAGGGAAAUGAAGACUUUUCACAGCUUUACAGAAACACAGUAAAUUUGGAAGAAAAUAAAUGUUUGUAAGAACAAAAACUUCCAACUUGAAGUCAUUCCCCCAGUAUAAUACUGAGCAUGUAACGUGGAUGUGAGUUUUUUGCUUCCCAGGCAUUUACCUUAGGAAUUCAUCCCAGGAUUCUCAGGCUAAUACACACGAUGCCAGGGGCCAGUUCUGUCUUGCCAUAUGUCUUCCAAAAACCCAAGCCAAUACCUAACAUCCCUUGAGGCAAAGGAUCAAUUUACAGAGUUGUGUUUUACCUGUUGCCAAUCUGAGUUGUGGAGGAUUUGCACUUAAGCCAUAAUAUAGAAGGUUCAAAGCUUAUAGACACAUUGCUCUCUGAACAGGAAGAGAACCCUGAGAGUAGUAUUUCUCUUGUUCUGUGGUUAUGAAAAUCAGUACAGGGAACAAAGAUUUCUUUUGAAACCGGGAGGCCAAAGAAACAUUUUCCCUCGUGUGGGUUGUGCUGCUGAUGAGAACAGUGCAGAGUCCGUGUGUUACUGAGUAUUCAGGACUCAAAGAUCCCUUAGUGAUCCUGAGUGUCCCAUUCACUCAUGAACGGAUGGAUUGGGGGAAAAAGCACUUAUUCAGCUACAUCCUCUUUUUAAAAGGAUUUUCUUCAGUCUGGAAAGAAGGGGCAACAACAUCAGUGCUUUAGUGGCUCACAAACAGGGGUUGCUCCAAAACACCAGGUCAGAAUGAAAACUUAGGGCUGGCAAUACCUUAUUCUGUUUUCUAGAAGCAAGCUGUAAAAAACACCAGAGUUCUUAUAGUUCAGACGGAGGAAUCAUUGCAGUGAGGGUGGCCUGGGUAUGGGGUGUUAGAAUGUGCUCGUUUCCACACAGAGAUGGCCAAGGUGGUCCACAUCCUUGACAUGCCCCGAACUAAGAAUAACAGAAAAAAAUGAGGUUUAAACAAUUUGUCUCUCUUCCCAGACAAUCAUCUGUAAUAAAUUAGAGGCAUUUGGUGACUGUUCAUUCAGAAUCUUGGUACUCAGACCAACUUCUUGAGGGGCUGUUCCUCUAGGAACGAGUUAUUUCAUAGAAUCGGGGAAGUUCUACUUUUGAGUGUUAAACAGGUUUUCUUCUGCUUGUCUGAUCAUUAGUUAGGAACUCAGCCAUUAUCCACUUUGAACAAUAGGUGAUCUGGAACACUUAAAAGAUCACUGCCAAGUUUGGGGAGUUUCCAGUAUUUAGGUGUAAGCCAAGCUUUCUCAUUUUCCUGAAAUUCAUGAACCCCUUGGAAGCCAGAUUUCUCCCCAUGUGUAGGCUGAGGACGGUUUUGGGGGAGUGCCUGGAAGCACAGCGCAGAAGUGACUGUGCCUGGAAAGUGAAGUACGAGUCACAGUCUUUUAAGUAAAAUGUAAAAACAAUAACAUUUCUCUCCCCUUCAUAAUGUUGGUCAUUAAAAUGAUCGACUACUGGGAAGGUUUCAAAACUGUCAAACACCUCUCAAAUUUUCAUUUUGAUAACAUCCUUUGCAAAAGUCUUGACGUUACAUCUGUAGCACAACUCAGUUUUGUUACAGUUUAUGAAACUAGCCUGUAACACUAGUAAUAAUUAGUGCUGCUCUUCUCUGGGUCUCCAUCACCUGGAAUUUGGGUUUUUCUGGUAAUUUCCUAACUGCCCCCAAGUACUGUCUGUGCCCAUCAGUCCUACACAUCUCUAACACAUUAAUAUUCCCAAAUACUGCAUUGUGUGAAACUCUUUGACUGUUCUUAUUUGUCAAAUUCUGAACUCCUUGACUUGACCUCCAAGGCUGUCCGUGUCUGCAGCGCGGCCACCAGUCCUCUAUCUGGCUGCCACCCCCCACUUCGCAGGCCUGCUGGGCGGCGUGCCUCCGCGGAGCUGGGCUCUUACCGCUGGCUGGCAGGCCGCGCGGCCCUGCCUCACUCCUGUCCCCAGCCGCCUUCCUCUCUGCCAGUCUUCGAGGUCCAGCGUAAGUCCCUCAUCUUCCUGUGAUCUCUGGUGCUGUAACUUGUCUAUCUUUUGAUGCGGUUUGUCUUGUCUUCCCGAGAAGAAUGUAAGUCCCUUCAAAGGCAGGAACUACAACAAACUAUGACGUAUCUUUUUAAAUUCCUUUACACCUCUUGAAUAGUACACAGUAGGCUACGGAGAAUAAUUUCUGCUCAUCAUCUGACAGAGAGUCAUUCCUCAUUGAGGUUGUCGCUUUACCUUCCUGCCUUUUAAUUUUUUAAAAAAAGAAAAAUACCAAAGGAAAUAAAAUACAGUUGUCUUCCAAAGCAGUUUUGCUUAAAGGCAAAAGGCACCACUGCCACUUUCACAGCAUCUAGAGUUAGAAAACAUCACUCCACCAAAAAAAAAAAAAAAAAAAAGUUUGCUACUUUUUUCUGUGUUGUGCUGGCUCAUUUCAUCAUCUUUCUAUGUAGUAGUAUAAACUGACAGCAGAGCUAGGAUCUCUAACGACGUUUCUUAAUGACACUUCAUAUAACGUUGCAUGAGAGAUGAAGUCAGGAAGUCCGGGUGAGAAAGAGCCUUGCGAUUCCUGCAUCUGUGAGCUCUAGUCUCCCGGAGAAGUGCCGUUUACAUGGGAGGCCGCAGCGGUCUCCUGGGAGUGCCUGGGUUCCUCCCCCCCCACCCCCCCCAAGAGAUGAGGGGGAUGUUUCUGCACAGGCUGGGAGCGGCAGGGCAGCUCGUCCCUUCCGAAGCCUGGUGUGGUCUGUAUACAAGCCCGAGCAAGGAUCGCCCUGCUUUUCUGAACCCCAAACUAGAGUCUUGGAGAACCAGGGAUCUGUGGACCCACGCUGCAGGGUUCUCUGCAGUGGGGGGGCUUCAUCAUGGGACAAAUAGUUUAAACCUAUCGGGGGCUUGAAAGUAGAAUGGUGUUUUGUGCUUGCCCAGGGAAAACCCUUUAAAGCUUUCUAUAGCAUCUCACGAUCUCAUACCUCAUUCACUUACUUCUUCAAGUCUUUACGGAUACGUUUCUUUCUCCAUGAGGGCCCUUGUAAAAAUUCAGAUUCCUGGGUCCUAGCUCAGUCCCACUUUACUGGAGCAUUUGUGAGUGGGGCCCAGGCAUCGGCGUUUUAAAUGCUCGCAGGUGGUGGUUCAGCCCACUGACAGCUGAGAGCUGUUACCUCUUAGACCGAUAAGUUGAACGAUCUAGUAUGUAAACUUCAGCACUCAGAGUCUAGCCAUAGAUGGAAAUUUAGGACAGAAUAAAGAACUGAUUACACUUACCUUGAGAUAUAGAAGGUUGAUGGUUCAUCAAAACCCAAAUGAAUCUUUCUGAAUUCAUACAUUUAUUGUCUGUGUCCUUUACUAUCGCAUACAGUAAGAUUUUGGUUAAAAUAUACAUAUAUACAGGAUUAGUGUCCUUUAUAAUAGAUUGGUAGAAUUGAUUGUAUAUUCCAGAUAAUCGCAUGUACUUAGGAAAACAAUAAAAUGAAUGUCUUAUGUUAAGUUGUACAAUAAAAUUAAAUCUAGUUUUCAGACUAAACUUUCUCUUGAAACAUCACCAUUACUGAUUUUCUCCCUGAGCCUAAAACCAGUAAUGCUUUUGCAACACUUGAGAUUCUCAUUGCCCGAAAGUUGAUUCAACUUAAAGAUGUGAGUGUAGUCCUCUCAGCACCUGAGCAUCCUGGCACUUACGGAACAUGGGCCAGUAAGUCUCACAUGGUGGGGAGGGGGUGAGGAAAAAGGAAAAUGUGAUAGAAGAGAGGUUGAGAAAAUUGAUGAGGACCUAUAUAUUUUAAGGGAAAAAAAUAGAAAUUUUAUUUU